AUCUUUCCUUUUGAACUCAAACAAAAUUUUGCUACUCAAGACAGAAAGUUUUCUGCACCUUUCCUCAACGCUUUUUGUGAAGCAAUCAGAUAUUCUGAGGACAUUUGGCUUCCUGAACGUCUCCCAGAAUCUGAAACGAGAAACUUUCAACAUGGAAAAUAGACCAAGAAGAUCCUCAGCAACUAGGACUGCCAGAGUUUGUCUGUGCUGCCAGGAUGAGCAGGUGACUAGAUUAGCUGGGAAGCGCUUGCGCUCUCCAGAUUCUGCCGACCUUCCCCCUAAGAGGAAGCGUACCAAGGCACCCCGUCCCUGCAAACCUGCUGCAGGUGCCGCUGCUGCUGAGCAUCUAAGGAUCUCUGUUCCUGAGGUGUCCACUGCUCCUGGUUCUUUUGCUCCUGAGCCGUCCACCGCUUCUGGUUCCGCUGUUUCUGAGCUGUCCACCGCUUCUGGUUCCGCUGUUCCUGAGCCGUCCACCUCUAAGGAGAGGAAAUGUACCGAGGCAGCCCAUCCCUGCCAACUCCCUGCAGGCCCCUCUUCUCCACAGCGCCCCCUUCCUGAGCCCUCCACUUCGGUGGUACUUGAUGAUGAGCCCCUGAUGAUCCACAACCACACCGUAGAGGAGUACCGGCAGAUCUACCAAGAAGUGGUUGAAAGUAGGCGGAGGUACAAAACUGGCCGCCUGCGUCCAUACAGUUUGGCUCUGGGGCAGUGCAUCAAACAGGCGCUGUGGGAAAGGUUGAACAAGCCCACCUUCACCAGCACUGUAGGUGAAGAUGGGCUGACAACAGUGUCUGUGUCCUACGGGAGCGGGACGUAUGCUCCCCUUUAUGAUGUGGACGUUUCUGAGGAGCCUAAACCAAAGCUGCCCAAGCUGCCCAAGCAAUGAGAUCAGAAACUGCUUUGAGAGCUUUGCUCACUGCAAAACACACAUUUUGUAAAUAGUUUUGAUUUUCUUAAAAAACCUCUACCCUCAUUAUCAAAUGAACAUUUUCAAUCAACUUGCAAACACUCCACCCUCGGUCUUAACCGCCAGAGUUUCCAUCAUCCUGCAAAAGCUCCACCCUAAAUCUCCACCGCAGAGUUUCCAUCAUCCUGCAAAAGCUCCACCCUAAGUCUCAAACGCAGAGUUUAAAUCAUCCUGCUAAAGCUCCACCCUCAGUCUCCACCGCAGAGUUUACAUCAACCUGCAAAAGCUCCACCCUCAGUCUCCACCGCAGAGUUUACAUCAACCUGCAAAAGCUCCACCCUCAGUCUCCACCGCAGAGUUUCCAUCAUCCUGCAAAAGCUCCACCCUCAAUCUCAAACGCAGAGUUUAGAUCAUCCCGCAAAAGCUCCACCCUCAGUCUCCACCGCAGAGUUUCCAUCAUCCUGCAAAAGCUCCACCCUCAAUCUCAAACGCAGAGUUUAAAUCAUCCUGCAAAAGCUCCACCGCAGAGUUUCCAUCCUCCUGCAAAAGCUCCACCCUUAGUCUCCACCGCAGAGUUUACAUCAACCUGCAAAAGCUCCACCCUCAGUCUCCUCCGCAGAGUUUUCAUCAUCCUGCAAAAGCUCCACCCUCAAUCUCAAAAGCAGAGUUUCAAUCAUCCUGCAAAAGCUCCACCCUCAAUCUCAAAAGCAGAGUUUCAAUCAUCCUGCAAAAGCUCCACCCUCAAUCUCAAACGCAGAGUUUAAAUCAUCCUGCAAAAGCUCCACCCUCAGUCUCCACUGCAGAGUUUCCAUCAACCUGCAAAAGCUCCACCCUCAGUCUCCACCGCAGAGUUUCCAUCAACCUGCAAAAGCUCCACCCUCAAUCUCAAACGCAGAGUUUAUAUCAUCCUGCAAAAGCUCCACCCUCAGUCUCAAACGCAGAGUUUAAAUCAACCUGCAAAAGCUCUACCCUCAGUCUCAAACGCAGAGUUUAAAUCAACCUGCAAAAGCUCCACCCUCAGUCUCCACCGCAGAGUUUCCAUCAUCCUGCAAAAGCUCCACCCUUAGUCUCCACCGCAGAGUUUACAUCAACCUGCAAAAGCUCCACCCUCAGUCUCCACCGCAGAGUUUCCAUCAUCCUGCAAAAGCUCCAC